CCGAAGAAUGUAAAAGUGAAGUGGGUGCAUCUGAUGCCGAUAUUGAAGAACUGGUGGGAAGAAAACCAGCCACAACUAUGGAAGGAAAGUGUCUGCGUGCUUGCCUAAUGAAGAAGUUCGAUGUGAUGGAUGUCUCUGGUAAAUUUGCCACAGAAGCUGCAUUGAAACAUGCCGAAAAAGUAACCGAUGGCAAUGCUGAUAAAAUGAAAGUGGCUUCGGAAAUUAUCAAUGCUUGUGCCAACAUUGAAGUCUCAUCGGAUCAUUGUCAAGCAGCUGAAGAGUAUGGCAAAUGUUUCAAACAACAGGCUAAUGCUCAUGGAAUUAAUGAAAAUUAUCAAUACUAA